CUUGGAGGCGGGGCCUAGAGGGACCGGGCAGAGCUGGAAAAGCCGAGGGUUCGGAAGCUGGUUCUGGUCUGCGGGAUCCUCAUCUCGUCGAGUUCCGAGGCGGGGGUGGCGCUCGCCUCAGUCCAGGCCGGCCCCACAAUCUCGUCCGUUCCCUUUUGCCCCUCUCGUCCCCCAGCUCUAGAUUCCAGGCCCUGUCCCCCGAGCUCAGCCCUCGGAUGUCCCACUGCCUAGAGCCUGCAUGCGCCGCGGGGCGCCCCAGGACCAGGAGCUGGUGGGUCCCGGGGCGCCGGGGCGGGGGUCCCGGGGCGCCCCUCCUCCCUCGGGACCUGUCGUCCCGGUCCUCGUCUUUCCCCCUGAUUUAGUGUUCAGGGCGGACCAACGGAGCGGACCCAGGCAGCUGCUGACCCUCUAUAACCCCACGGGAGCCGCGCUUCGCUUCCGAGUCCUGUGCACAGCACCUGACAAGUACACAGUGUUUGACGCAGAAGGAUAUGUGAAGCCUCAUUCCUGCAUUGACAUUGUGAUUCGCCACGUGGCCCCCACUGCCAGCCAUUAUGAUGUCCAGGACCGCUUCCGCAUUGAGCUGUUUGAGGAGGGAGCUGAGGGCCGAGUGUUGGGGCGCAAGGACAUCACCUCGGUUUUGAGGGCCCCAGCCUACCCCCUUGAACUUCAGGGACAGCCUGACUCAACGCCACACCCAGGGCCUCCUUCCUGGACAGCACCACCCACGACCAGACACCUCCCUGAAAAAUCCCACCCACAACUGGCCACCAGCUCCUUCCUCCUGUUCUUGCUGACCGGCAUAGUCUCAGUGGCCUUCCUGCUGCUCCCACUCCAGGAUGAACUUGGUAGCCAGCUGCCCCAAAUCCUGCAUGUCUCCCUGGGACAAAAGUUGGUGGCAGCCUACAUCUUGGGCCUCCUUACCAUGGUCUUUAUCCGGACCUGAGCCCCCUGCUCAACCUCCACCCCCCCUCCCUGGACAAGGAUGUGGACAUGAGAUGGCCAAUGUGAUGCUCAUACCUGGCCUCGACCCCCGCCCCCCCGCUACUCUCUCCACCCCUGACAAAAAAUACCCAGGGAUUUGUAUUCAUUUUCCAAGUUGAAUUUAAAAAAUUUGCAAAAUUAAACUGAGAAAUGUAGGGAAUAUG